AUGUCGUACUGCGGUCAUGACCCUUCCCUGAAAGGAAUGGUGCUGCGGGUGUGCAAGGAACGGCCCGAUUCCCACCACCCAGGAGCAGAGGUCGUGGCUGGAGAAUCCCUAUCCGGAGCUGGCUCGGCACCAGCCUCGGCGACAGGCUCGGCGGCAGGCUCGGCAGCAGGCUCGGUGCAACCCGAGCCUGUGCUGCGUCCGGAGGAGCGGGAGCUGUGGGGGGAAGUGGUGCCGGAGCUGGCAGUGGCUCCGGAUCGCAUCGACCUGCUGCAUCAAUUUGUGAAGAGGGUGAUGGCUCCGCUCAUUGGGGAAGAGUUUGUGGAAGCAGGGACGACGGUGAAGGUUCCUCGUACCUUUCUGCAAGAAGUAGCGGACCACAUUCGUCCCAAGCGGCCCCCCUGGCGACAGGCUCAGGGCGACGUGGACCUGCAGAUAGAAGAGGCGCUGCUGGUGCCGGAUCUGACUCACCUGCACCUGGAGAACGAGGAGUGGGAGGAGGACUGGGAGGAGACGGCGCGGGUGCCCCGACUUGGGAGCUGCAGCGACUACAAUGGCACCACUUUCUGCAUUGAGCUCAAGCCCAAGACCGGGUUCUGCCCCUCUUCCCCCUGCAUCGCGCCGGCAAAUCACGUGAAGACAGCUGUCGCCCGCUUCCCCAUGCACCAGCAGCUGAAGCUGUCAGAGGGGGAGGUGGCAGAGAGCAGUGCGUACAACCCUCUAGACCUUUUCUCUUCCUCGCCCCCCCGCGUUCUGUCUGCUCUGAGAACGUUGAUCGAUAACCCGCAGAACAAUCUGAGGAUUUUUGCAGAUGGGAAGUUGCUGUUGGGGGGGCAUAUACACAGGCAGGCGGACAGGGGGAAGGGGAAGAAGGGGAAAGAUAAAGGGGAGAAGGGGGAGAAGGCUGAAAGAGUCAAUUCGAUAGAUUUAGCAGCUAUGAGAAGGGAAGAGAAAGCGCAGGAGGCAGCAGGCUUGGCUGCUGCGGAAGCAGCUCUGGAAGGGUUUGUACGUGCUUGGAAGGGGGAGGAGCCAAGCAGUAAUACCAGUGCUGCUGGUAGCGGCGGCGGUUGUGGUGCUUCUGCUGCUGCUGCUGGCUUAUCGGCAGUAGAAUCACUGUCCUCCGCGCCUCAUUUGAGUCACCCUCGGGUUGAUGCUCUCCUGUCCCUGGCCACAGAGUGCCUCGUGCAGUGUGGGGCGCUGGAGAAGCUAUUGGCGGCACAGAAGCUGGAUAAGUGGGAUAUUGAAGGGGCGAUUCAUGCUUAUAACGAGUACAUGAGCCAGAGGAAGUCAACGCCUUCAGCCUCUGCAGCUGCUGCUGGUGCUGCUGCUGCUGCUAAUCCUGCUGCUGCUGAGGUUCCAAAAGAGAUAACGGAAGAUUGCAGGAAGGUUCUUCGCGAUUUCCUCAUCGCAGCAACGGCCAAGGACUGCCGGCUGCAGCGCGCUCACAGCGAUGCUGCGAAGCGGGUUCAGUUCGCGACAGGUGGCAUGUCGCCAUUGGAGGAACAGCUACACGGAGCCGGCGCUGCUAGUCAUGCCACGUCGACAGUAGACAGCCAAAGGGACCAUGGGUCGUCAGGCGGCCUGAGGCGCACACAGACGCUCGACUCGCACUCCUUGUACCCCGACCUAGACAAGAUCAUGGGUUCAGAGGAGAAUGAACAAGGGGUGGACUUCUGGAAGGUUCGAUCAACGAGCCUGGAGGUUCGGAUCAAAGAGGCGGAGGACGCUCGGGCGAGCAUCACUGCCCAGGCUGUGGCUCUGGCACAACGCAACCAGGAGCUGACGAGCCGACUGAGGCAGUUUCAAGAGGAGGGCGACACAGCGGCCUUUGCAGCGUUGGAGCAACAACUGACAGACGUCAAGCUGCGCCUCGACCGCGCCCUCCACGAAUGCUCCUCCCUCGCCGGCACCACCAGUGGCAGAGCAGCGCUGGGAGGGGCCCUAGGAGGGGCUCUGGGAGGGGCUCUAGGCCUGGAUCCUGCUGGGAACAUCACCAUGAAUAUGGAUACGAAUCUGAACAGCAGCAGCGGGGGGGAUUUGGCUGCGCUAGGGUUAGGGUUAGGGUCUGCUAGGCGGAUGGGCGCUGGGAGUUAUUUUCCCGAUGCUGCUGGGGCUGCUGGGGGGGGAGCGGGGCGCGUGGGGGGGAAGGGAGGCGGAAAAGGAGGAGGGGGGAUGGGAGGAGGGGCGGGUGACGGGUUGAAUCUUCAGGUGGCUUUGGAGAGGGCGCCGUUUAUGAUUGCGCAUUUGGAUACGAGUUUGAGAUACAUCUGGGUGUUCAACCACAACCUGCUGGUGAAUCAGGACAUGAUCGGCAAGAGGGAUUAUGACAUCCUGCCACGUGGCACUCUGGGAGUGGAGGAGGCGAUGGAGAUCAAGCAGCGGGCGCUGGCCACUGGCAAGGCGCAGCGGGGCGAGGUGGUGUGGCAGCUUCCUGGAAGGCCCCCCAUGGUGUGGGUAACGACUGCCCGGCCAAUCAGAGACGAGAAGGGGCGGACUGUGGGUGUGACUACAUCGAGCGUGGAUAUAACAGAGGAGGCGCAGUACAAGGAGCGGCUGAUGGCUUUAAGGGCGGAGAUGAUGGUGCGCAACACAACGGAGAAGGAGCUGCGGCGCGCAUACGAGCUCACAGAGGACGCCAUGCGCGCCAAGUCCAUGUUCCUCGCCAUCAUGUCCCACGAGAUCCGCACCCCGCUCAACGGCAUCCUCGGAUUGGCCGAAGUCCUGCUCGAAUCCGGAGCGUUGGAUGAGGAGCAGCGCGAGAUCAUCGAGACGAUGAUGUCUUCCGGCGUGAUCAUAUCGGAUAUUCUCGCGGAUAUUCUCGAUCUUGCGAGUAUGGAGGCCGGGGAGAUGAAGCUGGAGGAGCAUCCGUUCGAGCCAGUCGCGGUGGUGAAUCAUAUCUUAAAAAUGGCCAUGGCUGCUACUAAAGAGAAGGGAAUUAAAGUCCUAGCGGAUAUUUCCCCGGAUAUUCCGGCGCAGAUUUUAGGAGACGAGCUACGGGUGCGGCAGGUGAUUAAAUACCUGGUUUUAAACGCGAUUAAGUUCACGCACACGGGGCAUAUCUUGCUGCGGGUGUCGGCGCAUGAUAGGGACCCGUCUGCUGCUAUUGUGAAGGCUACUGGCGCGUAUGCUGUAGGGGGAUGGAACGUUCCCGGAGGAGGGGGAGCAGGAGGGGGAGGAGGAGGAGCGGGAGGGUCCGGCGCUGCUGCUACCUUAGGCCGGGGGAAAGGGCUGGCUGUGGAGAUGCAUAGUCAUAAUAAGGGCGCGAGGGCAGGGGGAAGCGGGCGGUUACCGCUGUUAUCAGAUGUUACGGAGGAGCAUUUGAAGAAGCUGGCUAGUUUGGGGAGUUUGGAGCAGGCCGCGCCGCUAUUGGCUGAACUUCCGACAGAGGAGUAUGAGGAGGAAGAAGAGGAGGAGGAGGAUGGGGAUAGCGAGAGGACGAGAGGGGAGGAGGAGGGCGGGAUGAUGAGACCUGGAGGGGGAGGAGCAGGAGGGGGUUUCUGGGGCUCGAUCGUACCAGCAGGGGGGGCAGAGAAGGGGAAGGGGAAAGCGGCAGCAGCAGUGGAGAGGCAGAUAGGCGGAGACAUGGACGUGUGGCUGUGGUGCGAGGUGCAUGACACAGGCGUAGGAAUCCCUAAAGACGCCUUCCCUCUCCUCUUUGAGAAAUUCACCCAAGUGGAAGGCGGUCCCACUCGGGCCUACGGCGGCACCGGGCUUGGGUUAGCUAUCUGCAAGCAACUAGUAGAGCUGAUGCAUGGGAAGAUGGCGAUAAAAUCGAAGGUUGGGACCGGGUCGGUGUUUGCGUUCUCGGUGUGCUGCCAGCGCACUUCUCCCCGCUCCCGCCCGGCGUCUCCCACGGGCGCUAGCGCGAUCGCUGCGGCUGUGAAUGCGCCGUUCGGGUUUCCCAAGAGCGUGUCUGUGUCGGGUCCUUCCCCUGGGUCGGUGGCUCGGGCGUUAUCCCCUGUGAGGGAGCAUAUGGGGCAGGUGGGGGGAGGGAUGGGGGGGGGAGAGGAAGAGUAUACUGAGGAGGAGGAAGAGGAGGAGGAGGGGGAUUAUGAGAGUGAGUAUACAAAUGACUCGCCGAUUGCGAUUACGCCCAAGCACUUGCGGCAACCACGGGGAGCAGUAGCAGCAGGAGCGGGAGCGGGAGGAUCGGGAGCAGGAGCAGCGGGAGCAGCGGGAGCAGGGGUGGUGGGAGGGGGGUUGGCGGGACUGCUAGCCCGAGCCAAGGCGAUGAAAGGGGAGGUGGGGGGGUCAGGGGAGGGGUUAUCUGGGGGAGGCGCAUCUGGAGGAGGAGUCAUGGCAGGUGCUGCUGGGUCGCUGCCUUCUUUGUCCCCCGCCUCAGCCAAAGGCCCAGAGACGAAGAUCCUGGUUGCUGAAGACAACCCUGUCAACGUGAUGGUUCUGCUCUCCAUGCUCAAGCGCCUGGGGCUGCGAGCCACAGUGGCCAAGAACGGUGUGGAGGCGUUGGAAGCGGUGCGGAGGGAGCGAUUCGAUCUGCUGCUGUCGGACCUCUGCAUGCCGCUCAUGGACGGACUGCAGGCAGCCUAUUUAAUUAGGCAGUAUGAACGGACCGGAGUGUUCCCAGAGGAGGAGGUGGAGCGAGCCAAGCACAGGGGAGCGCCGGCAGGGGAUGAGAAAUCCGGCCUGACCUGGCAGCCCCCCUCCAACCUCCCCCUCUCCUCACACCGAGGGGCCCUGCCCCGCCUCCCCAUCAUAGCCGUUACCGCAAACGCUCUUAAGGAGGAUGAAGAGCGGUGCUAUGCGGUGGGGAUGGAUGGGUUCCUGGGGAAGCCGGUGCAGUUUCCAAAGCUGAAGGAGGCGAUUUCUGAGUUUAUAGAACUCCCCGGGUCUAGAUUGCUGCAGGGAGCCGGGAGUGGUGGGGGUGGGGGAGUUGGGAGAGGGGGAAUUGGGCAAUCUAACCCCAAUUCAGGGGCACCGGGAGGGUUACUAUCCAUGGGGAGCGGGCUAGCAGCGCUGCUAGCAGGGAUCCCCCCACAAGCCGCCGCCGCCGCCGCCGCCGCCCCUGGGUUUCCCGCCCCGUCCAAGCUCUCGGGCGGCGUUCAGCGUCUCGUAGUGCCCGCCCGGCCGAGCAGCUACAGCGAAUCAGGGUUGGCGAGUGGGAGCAUGACUUACACAGGGGAUGAGGAGGAUUAUCAAGGGGAAGAGGGGGAAUUCGAUGAAGAUUAUAAUGGGGAGUAUGAUGAUUACGAGUCGACUGUGUAUUCGCCUAGGUCUGCAGCGGUUCGGCGCGGUGCCAGGACUCCAGGAGGGGCAAGCACUGCCAGAACCCCCGGGGGAGCGAGUAUGGCUAGAACCCCCGGCACUACUAGAAGCUUCCGAACGUCGAUGUUUUACGAUGGGAGGGAGGAUAGGAGCAUGUAUGGGGGUGCUGGGAGUGUGUAUGGGGGGACAGGGAGUGUGUAUGGGGGUGCGGAGAGCGCGUAUGGGGGCGCGGCGAGCAGCGUGGGUGGGUAUAGCCGUGCCACAGGUGUUACCGGUGUUACUGGAGUAACGGGAAUGACUGGUGUGACUGGUGUGACUGGGACGACCAGGGGUGGGAGGGGGAGGGGCAUGUCAAGAGAAGAAGCAGCAGCAAGGGAAUCGGCCAUGAGAGAGGCUUAUAACCGUUACUUUCUAAAUGCCGGUUUGCCCCCCACCACUGCUGCUGCGGCGGCGGCAGCGGCAGUAGCGGCAGCAGCAACUGCUGCUGCUCGUGCCGCGUUGGGUGGUGGGGUGGGUGUUGGGGGAGUGGGAGGAGGGUUGGGAGGGGCAGGAGGCCUGGGCGGAGGUUUGGCAGGAGGCUUGGCGGGAGGUAUGGGAGGAGGUUUGGCAGGUGGUUUGGGAGGAGUGGGAGGAAGAGUGGGGGGAGGAUUGGGUGGUGCAGGUGGGAUGGGUGGACUUGGGGGUUCGUCUUUUCAGCAGUUGCAGCAGCUGCAGCAGCAGCUACAGCAGCAGCACCAGCAGCAACAGCAGCAGCAGCAGCAGUUGUUGAGUAGCUAUGGAGGUUUGGGAGGAGCAGGAGCAGGCGCCGGGUUGGCAGGAGGAUUGGGAGGAGGUUUGGGAGCAGGGAUGGGAGCAGGGAUGGGAGGAGGAGGGAUGGGAGGAGCAGCAGGGUUUGGAGUGGGUAGCACGAGCAGCAGCAGCAUGCAUCCCGGGGUAAGACAAGGGACACGAGCAGGGGCAACACUACCCGCCACCGCUGCAGCAGCAGCUGCUGCUGCUGUGGCUGCGGGUAGGAGACGGCCUAUAGCGAGUGCCACUGUAGCAGGCAACGGUGGUGCGUUUCUGAGGCAAAACGUGGGGACAGGUGGUAAUGUUGCUGGUUCUGCUACUGUUGGUGGUGGUGGUGCUGGUGGUGCUGCUGCUGCUGGUCGUGGUGGUGCUGGUGGUUUGGAUGUUAAUGGUGGUGGUGGUGGUGGUGGUGGCUUUAGUGGUAUUGGUGGUGGAGGGGCGAAUGGUCUUGGGGGAGGUGGUAUUGGGACAGGUGGAAUCGGGGCAGGUGGUAUUGGGGUAGGUGGAUUAGGAGGCGGCGGAUUUGCCGGUCAAACAGCAGGUGGGAUGGCAGGAGGAGCACCAGGUGGUAUUUCAGGUGGAAUUUCAGGUGGAAAUUUCGUCCCUCCGCCCCCUGCAGGAGCCUCUCAGGCGCAGCAGCUACAGUACCUGAUUCAGCAGCAGCAGAUGCUGCUAGCACAGACACACGCCCAGAUACAAGCAAGGCAGCAGCAGCAGCAGCAGCUGCAGCAGCAACAGCAGCUGCAGCAGCAGCGGCAACAGCUGCAGCAACAGCAGCAGCAAUUGCUGGCAGCAGGAGGGUUGGGGAGGAACUUAGGGGGAGGUAUGGCUGGUGGCACGGGGUUAAGUGCUGGUGGUGUGGGAGCGAUGGGGUUAAGUGCUGGUGGCAUGGGAAAUUUGGGGUUAAGUGGUGGCGGCGUGGGAGGUAUGGGGCUAAGUGGUGGUGGGCUGAGUGCUGCUGGUAUGGGUGCUGGUGUUGGGGGGCUGGGUGGAGGUUUUAUGAAUCGAGGAGUAAUGGGAAUGGCAGGUAUGGGAACCGCAGGCUUGGGAGCAGCAGGCUUGGGAGCAGCAGGUAUGGGAGCAGCAGGCAUGGGAGCAGCAGGUAUGGGAGCAGCAGGUAUGGGGGCAGCAGGAAUGGGAGCAAGAACCGGAGCACUGGGGGUAGGAGGGAUGGGGGGAGCUGGCUCUCUAGCAGGAUUAGGGCUGGGAGGAGGAGGAGCAGGGAACUUACAAACUGAAUUUCAAGGAAUGGGGGGGGCAGGGGACGCAGGAAGAGGAGGAAUGGCAGGAGCAGCAGGAGGGGCGGCAGCAGGAGCAGGAGCAGGAGGAGGAGGCGGAACAGGAGGGACAGGAGGAGGGGUGAGGGGAACUGUAGCAGCCCGGGUCGCCCCUCAACGCCGCCCGGAGUUCCUCGCCGGUGCGGUUACCAGCGAGAGCAGGUUCGGCGGUGCGGUUACCAGCGAGAGCAGGUUCGGCGGGGAGAGCUACAGUGAGAGCGAGAGCACGAACGCCCGGAGCCGCGGCAGGUUCGGCGCAGGUCCGGGAAUGGGCCGCGAAGGCUCGGGAAUCAUGCAAAGUAUGAUCGGGGGGGGCUCGAGAGAAGGUGGAGGGUCUGUUACCUCGUCUAUGCUGAAAGGGAGUGUGGGGGCAGGGCUGGGGGGGGUGAAUUUGAGAGAUGGGGGGUUUGUGAGUAGGUAUGGGCAGAGCCCUUAUCCCAGAGCUGGGACGAGUGUGGGUGGGGGUAAAUGGAGUGAAAGCCACACCUCCCGAACCACUUCUUCAGCUAAGGGCAGGGAUCUUGACAGGAGAGGUAUGGGAGGAGGUAUGGGAGGAGGUAUGGGAGGAGGGAUGGGUGGAGGGAUGGGUGGAGGGAUGGGAGGAGGGAUGGGUGGAGGGAUGGGAGGAGGGAUGGGAGGAGGGAUGGGAGGAGGGAUGGGAGGAGGGAUGGGAGGAGGGAUGGGAGGACAGGGAGAAGGGGAUGGGAGGAGAGGGGGCUAUCAAGGAGGAGGGUCCCCUCCUAGAAUGGCUGCAGGGCAAGCUGUUUCAGCAGCAGCAGCAGCCGCAGCAGCAGCGGCUGCAGCAGCUGCAGCGUCACAGAGAGCACUGGCAGCAACAUCUGCCGGAGCUGCAGCUAUGGCAGGCCGAGCCGAGAUGGUUCGGGAGGAGGAACGGGCCGAGCGGCGCCGAGCCAAAGCCGCAGCUUUGGCAGCAGGGUUAGGAGGUAGAGAGGUUGGUGGGGGCGGUGGAGGGGGUUAUGGCAAUGGGAUGGGCAUGGGGAGAGAGGGUGGUGGUAUGAACGGUGCAGAUCAAGCGUUUGGGCAGCAGAGAGAUCGAGAGUCGUUGAUUGCGUCUAAGAUGGAGCUUCAGGAGCGGGCUGUGCAGCGACGGUCCAGAUUGCAGGCCCCGCAACGAACGGCUGAGAUGGGCCAAGGCGGCGGUGGUGGCGCUCGAAACAUGGGGUAUUGGAACUAA